AUGACCAGUGAAGAAAAAACAAUUUACGAGAAAGUGACCUGCUUGCACCAUAAAUACUGGCUUCCGAUUCAAUGGUGCUGUACCCUGCUGUGCAAAGGCAGAAAUGAAAAAAUGAUUACUAGUGACAUCCUGCUUAAUGACGUCCUUGAGGAAAUAAUGAAAUAUCGCCACCACCUCAUGAUGCUGCUCAACUAUGAUUGGAUAAGUGUGCCGCUAGUAUACACUCAAGUUGUUACCAUCGCCGUAUAUGGUUUUUUUGCGGUUACCCUUAUGGGACGUCAGUACUUGGAUGUAUCGAAAAAGUAUGCCGGCCAUGAUAUUGAUCUCUACGUUCCCAUAUUCACAAUCUUGCAGUUCAUUUUCUAUAUGGGAUGGCUAAAAGUCGCCGAAACCCUCAUAAACCCUUUGGGGGAAGACGACGACGACUACGAGGUGAACUUCCUGAUCGAUCGUCACAUGAAGGCUGGCUACUUGAUGGUCGACGACAACUACAAGAGCGAUAAUCCUCAGAUUGGAUCGGCAUCCGGCAUUGAGUAA